UGGUUAGCAUAGCCUUUAAGGUACCGCUUGUAGUUGCCUAGCGACCUGUAUCCAGGAGCAGCAGACAGCUAGCCAACGCUUAGAGCACGGUUUGUUAGUUACUUUAGCUUAGCUGCUUGUUUGAAAUAUAGACAGAAGACCAAAAUGUGAGAUUAGAUUAACCGAACGGCGACUAACGGUGUUAACAAACUCUGUCCAUGUGAUAUGAAACUGGUUAAGCAUAACUGUUUUCAGUGCAAAGCCGGUUGCUAAGUUUGUAUAAUGCUAACUGCAGGGAGCGAACAGCGACUAAUGGCGUUCGCACGUCGUCCAAAUCAUAGCAAACUGGCUGGUUAUAAAUAUUUACAGUGAAAAGCAUAUGUUAAGUUUUACAGUUACCAUAACGUGAAGUUAUAAAAACACUGAAGCUGAUCGGGGAAGGAGAGAGCACAAAAACUUUUACAGUCCAACUUCAGUGAGAUUAUCAAGUGGAGCUCCAGAUCUGAACCACGGCCCUGAUGGACCCUGGGGGGAUCAGCAAAUGUGGACACAGUUGAGCUCACAUCUGUUGUAACGCAAGCGAAACAUCUACUCGGGUUACACUCCUCCGUCAGAUGGCGUUCUGCCUGGCUGAGCUGCACUUGUGGUCCACCAAGAGCUCACUCCAAGUCAAAGAUACAGAUAUUGGCACCUAUCAGUACUACGAUAAAGGAGAGCCAGCUGUUUCCUUGGAGCAUCACUACUACAAUGAGAAACUACAGUUCUGUGAAGCUCGAGGCUAUUCGUGGACCCCCAGGAACCGCCGACCAGAGAGGCUACGCGAUUCGCUGAAGGAGUUGGAGGAACUGUUGCAGACCAACACCUGUGUUCACACCAGAUGGAGAAACAAGCAUUGCUGCCAGUUGAUGCUGAGCAGCGGAGUACUAGUGACCCUGACCCUAAAAGGACCUCAGCUUGAACAAGUGUGCGUAGACCGCACGCUAGUGGGCCGACUACCAUCCAACACCGUCGCUGAUGCGGUGCUGAGCGAUAGGCUGAUUCUGCUGUCCUUCCUGGAGCAGAGCCAGCUGGCUGCAGUCUACCUCAACAAAAAGAACCAGGGCUCCCCGGAGAGUGGCAGGCGAACAGACAAACUCUCACCCUCUGAAAUCAAGGUGGUGUGCGUGCAGGCGAGUGGACAGAGUCGUAGGCUCCACAGACACGUGGGUCUCAACCGUCUCCAGGAUGUGGCGCUCUGCUGGUGGAGCCUGGAUGAGCCCGGUGAGGAGGUGUGGCCCUGGACUCCCACAGACUCAUACAGGAACAACCUGGUCCUCCUCAGCUGCUCACCUACUGAAGGCCUCCAGGUCCUUAGCUCUGUCCGGACAGAGGGCAAUCCCCUGGACUGCCGCUUCAGCCUGCUCCAGCCCUACCAGCUGCUAACAGUGGAGCUAACACCCCAAACAUCUGGAGGAAGGUCCUGGGCUGACACCUGCGUGUACGAAUGUGCACGAGGGCGCCUGCACCGUCUUUCUGUCACCCACAUCCCGCUGCCGUCCCAGCCCAUUUCCUGCUCACGUCACCCCUCUGAGACCAUGCUCCUCAUGGGCUUAAGUGACUCCAGCUUGGUCCUGUACGACCAGCGACGGGCGGUCUCUCUCCUGGCCUCCUGCCCUGUGCCACCCGACCUCCUCGCCUGGCACCCCGCUGGGGCCGUGGUCGUGGUAGGGGGAGGACACGGAGAGCUGAUGUGCUUUGAUGUGGGCUUGGCACCUGUGAACAUGGCACUGGUAGCGGAGGAGGUAACUUCAGCCGCCACACUAAGACUAGCUCAGCACCUGCGCUGCUCUGGAGGCCUGGAGGGACUGCGGUGGGGGACGGGCCUGGAAGGAGGCCCAGAGGGGACAGAUAUGCUGAUGUUGGCCUUUCAUGGGGGGCCACUAGCAGCCUUGAGAUUCAGACUAGGGGCUCUGACUGGGGGCCAGAUGGGUCCAGGGGAGCUGCUGCAGCAGCGGCUGCUCUGUGACCAGGUCAGAGAGGCACUGGGCAUCCUGGAGUCCAUGGACUGGAGCAUCAUGGGAGACGAGUGCUUCCGAGGCCUGAGCUCAGUCACCAACCACCUGCUGAGGCUGGAGCUGAACGCAGAGAGAGAAGCCCAACUAGAAGCAGCUCUGGGUGUGUUUUAUGCUCCACCUGCCCCUUUCCCUGACACGGUGACACUGGAGUACAGGGAGCCAGUCAGCAAAUACGCCCGCCGCUUUUUUCACCACCUCCUCAGACACCAGCGCUUUGAGAAGGCCUUCCUCCUCGCCAUAGACUUGGAAGCCAGAGAUUUGUUCAUGGACCUCCAUUAUGUUGCCAGCGAUAAGGGCGAGGUGGUGCUAGCGGAUGUGGCCAAGAGGAAAGCUAAUGAAAUCGAGGCCCAGGCCAUCGCAGGCAACGAAGAUCUUCUGAGAGGCAGAAAUGGUGUGUGUGGUUCCAGCCUUGGCGACAGACAAACCGAGAAGAGCCAAAGCGCAACAGGACCUUCGUACUCGGGCACUCCCACAGCACACGUUGAUGGAAGAGCCGGUCACAGGAGAUUACAGGCAGAGCGCAUACAUGUGACCGUGAGCCCAGAUGUGUUCAGGACACUGAGACAAACAGGAAGCAGUGAAGGUGACAGAGGCGAUGUGAAUGAAGAACAAGACGACGACCCUGGGAUGCUUCACGUGGUUCAUUUAGGAAGGGUUUGAAAAAGCGACCGAGAUAUGAUAAGAGGUACAAUAUUAAUAUCAGUGGGAAACUGGAGAAACACGGCAACAUCUCACCAAUAACAGACUCUUUAGUCCAAUUUGUUUAUAUGCAAAGUAGUUACUUACUUAUGUAAUGUGUGUGGAUCUCAAAAUCUGACUGAACACACUGUACAAAUGUCUGAUAAAAGCAGAACAAUACACGAGUGUUAUAAAUGAUGUGCUUUUGUGUCGUCAGCUUUGGUAGCGAGACUGAAAAAAACAGUGUUUGCUAAACCAGAUGCCUUUAUUUUUAUUUUAUUUUUUUAGACCUGUCAAAGUCUAUCUGUGAAAUUUCAGCCCAGUCCAAAACACUGAGCAGCUCCACGGAGGUGCAUUGAGGUUAUUUUCUGUCUCAGUGAAGUCUGAACCAAAUGAACCUUAAAAGAAAACAGUUAUACUGGGUUCUGCUUUUAAAGACAUGACAGAAAAUGUUUUAAACCUUGUCAUUAAUCAGCCUGAAAAAAUAAAGACUUCUAUUAU